AUGGUCUUCCCUUCCCCGAAGCCCGAGGUCGGAAGCGAUGCGAUCCGCCCUGCCUCCAGAGGGUGGCGCUCGAGUCCGACUGAACGGCGGCGGCGGGUGGCGGGCACGCGCCCAGGGCGCGCGCGCCACCCCUCUCGCCUCCACCCAACUCCCCCAUUAGUGCACGAGUUUACCUCUAGAGGUCAUCAGGCAGGAUUUACGACUGGACAACAAAAGCACGUGAUUCGAAGUCGUACCCCAUAUUUGGGUGCCUACGUAGGAGGGAACCGAGUACAUGUCCCAGUCAUUUCCAUAAUUCAUCAUAAAUUGUGCAAGGGUGCUAUAGACGCACAAACGACCGCGAGCCACAAAUCAAGCACACAUAUCAAAAAACAAAUGAGCUCUUAUUUUGUAAACUCAUUUUGCGGUCGCUAUCCAAAUGGCCCGGACUACCAGUUGCAUAAUUAUGGAGAUCAUAGUUCCGUGAGCGAACAAUUCAGGGACUCGGCGAGCAUGCACUCCGGCAGGUACGGCUACGGCUACAAUGGCAUGGAUCUCAGCGUCGGCCGUUCGGGUUCCGGCCACUUUGGCUCUGGCGAGCGCGCCCGCAGCUACGCGGCCGGGGCCAGUGCGGCGCCCGCCGAGCCCAGGUACAGUCAGCCGGCCACGUCCACGCACUCGCCUCCGCCCGACCCGCUGCCCUGCUCGGCGGUGGCUCCCUCGCCCGGCAGCGACAGCCACCACGGCGGCAAAAACUCCCUGGGCAACUCCAGCGGCGCCUCGGCCAACGCGGGCAGCACCCACAUCAGCAGCAGAGAGGGGGUUGGCACGGCGUCCGCAGCCGAGGAGGACGCCCCUGCCAGCAGCGAGCAGGCGAGCGCCCAGAGCGAGCCGAGCCCGGCGCCGCCAGCUCAACCUCAGAUCUACCCCUGGAUGCGCAAGCUGCACAUUAGUCACGACAACAUAGGCGGGCCAGAAGGCAAAAGGGCUCGGACGGCCUACACGCGCUACCAGACCCUGGAGCUGGAGAAGGAAUUCCACUUCAACCGCUACCUGACCCGCCGAAGAAGGAUUGAAAUAGCACAUGCUCUUUGCCUCUCCGAGAGACAAAUUAAAAUCUGGUUCCAAAACCGGAGGAUGAAGUGGAAAAAAGAUAACAAGCUGAAAAGCAUGAGCAUGGCCGCGGCGGGAGGGGCCUUCCGCCCCUGAGCCCCUGGGCCUCUGGGCCGGUCAAGUACUGAGCAGUAUUAGCGGAGUUCUUCCUCCGUCAUGUCAGUACUAAGGUGACUGUCUCAAACUCCCCCUGUGUUCCUUCUGUGAAGAAGCCCUGUUCUCGUUGCCCUAAUUCAUCUUUUAAUCAUGAGCCUGUUUAUUGCCAUGAUAGCGCCUGUAUAAGUAGAUCUGCCUCUGUUCAUCUCUUUGUCCUGAAUGGCUUUGUCUUGAAAAAAAAAAUAGAUGUUUUAACUUAUUUAUAUGAAGCAAGCUGUGUUACUUGAAGUAACUAAAACAAAAAAAAAGAAAAGAGAAAAAAAAACCCACACACACACAAAAAGCCCCCCUUCAACCUCGUUUAGUGCCAAUGUUGUGUGUUGCACUUGAGUUGGUUAACGUGCAUGUGCGUGGAAGUGUUCCUGUCUCAAUAGCUCCAAGCUGUUAAAGAUAUUUUUAUCCAAACUACCUAUAUUCCUUGUGUAAUUAAUGCUGUUGUAGAGGUGACUUGAUGAGACACAACUUAACUUGUUCAACGUGUAGUGGCUAGUGACUGUGACAAAAACUGUGACUCCAAGCGGUGUGUCCCUGCGUGCCUUUGUAGGACCCUUUGCACGAACUCUGGAAGUGGCUCUUCUAAGCGCAGCUUCAGUGAUGUAUGUUUUUGUGAACAAAGUUACAAAUUUUGUUUGAGUCUGGCUGUUUAAGCAAACUGUGAUCAGCUUUUUUUUUUUUUUGUAUUUGUUUUUAAGGAUAAAAACUGACUGGAAACAAAAAAUAAACUUUCUAUUGUAAGUUC